ACACACACACCACACAUCCACGCGCGCGCACGCGAGAGCACACACAGAUCUCGCUCGCUUCGGAGGCCGGCGGCCCCCUUACUCUCGCACUCCCACCCUAGCCUUCCACACCCACACCCACCGAGAUGUAUUUUUUGCCUUUAAAAAAGUGUAAAUAAAGCCUCGCUAGCCCCCAAUGAGGCGUUCCUUCCCGACUUUUUUGGAUCAAUCAAACAGACAGUGGCUUCUUUUGAUUAAAGCCCAAAUUGUCAUUGGGCAGAAGCAAUCAUGUGACAGCCAAUUCGGUCCAAUUUCAACCUUGUCUCCAUGAAUUCAAUAGUUUAAUAGUAGCGCGGUCCCCAUACGGCUGUAAUCAGUGAAUUAGAAAAAAAACACCCCAGCAGCGAUCUUCUAUGAGAGAUUUUUUUUUCUGCUCUCUCCUUUCGCCUGGGCCUUCCCCCCGCCCCCCCUAAGCCCCUCCAGAAGAGGGAACUUUUUCUCCGAGGGGGCUCCGAGGAGAAGGCCAUGAAUUACGAAUUUGAGCGAGAGACUGGCUUUAUCAAUAGUCAGCCGUCGCUCGCUGAGUGCCUGACAUCUUUUCCCCCUGUCGGUGAUACAUUUCAAAGUUCAUCAAUCAAGAGCUCGUCGCUUUCACAGUCGACACUGAUUCCUCCUCCUUUUGAGCAGACCAUCCCCAGCCUGAACCCGGGCAGCCACCCUCGCCACGGCAGCGGCGGCGGCCGCCCCAAAUCCAGCCCUGAUGGCAGCGGCGGCGGCGGCGGCGGCGGCGGCGGCGGCGGCAGCCCGGUGCCCGCCGGCGCCCUGCAGCCCCCGGAGUACCCCUGGAUGAAAGAGAAAAAAGCUUCCAAGAAAUCCGCGCUGCCUCCCGCCUCCUCGGCCUCCGCCUCCGCCACUGGACAUGCCUGCCUGAACCACAAAGAAUCCCUGGAAAUCGCAGAUAACAGCAGCGGGGGCUCCAGACGCCUGAGAACGGCUUACACCAAUACCCAGCUCUUGGAGCUGGAAAAAGAAUUUCAUUUCAACAAGUAUCUCUGUAGACCUCGGAGGGUGGAGAUCGCAGCCCUGCUGGAUCUGACUGAGAGACAAGUCAAAGUCUGGUUCCAGAACCGGAGGAUGAAACACAAGAGGCAGACCCAGUGCAAAGAGAACCAAAACAGCGAGGGGAAAUACAAGAACCUGGAGGACCCCGAGAAAGCCGAGGAAGAAGAGGAGAAAUCGCUCUUUGAGCAAGCGCUCAACGUCUCAGGGGCCCUUCUGGAGAGGGAAGGGUACACUUUUCAGCAAAACGCCCUGUCCCAGCAGCAGGCGCCCAACGUGCACAAUGGCGACUCCCAAAGUUUCCCAGUUUCGCCUUUAACCAGCAAUGAGAAAAAUCUGAAACAUUUUCAGCACCAGUCACCCACUGUUCAGAACUGCUUGUCAACAAUGGGCCUGAACAAUGACAGCCCAGAGGCCUUGGAUGUCCCCUCUUUACAAGACUUCACCGUAUUCUCCACAGAUUCCUGCCUCCAGCUUUCAGAGGCCGUAUCGCCCAGUUUACCAGGCUCUCUCGACAGUCCUGUAGAUAUCUCAGCUGACAGCUUUGACUUUUUCACAGACACACUCACUACAAUUGACUUGCAGCAUCUGAAUUACUAAACACAUUAAAAAACAAAAAACAAACAACAAAAAAAAGCAAAACAAAAAUCCCUUUGGGGGGGUUGCCUUCUCUUUUCCCCGGAGUUGAUUUCAACAGACAAAGUUCCCUCUCUCCUGCCCUUUUCUCCCUCCUCCCCCGCUCCCCAACUGGUCAGGGUUUUUUUUGGGGUUUCGUAAUUCCCCUGAUCGAGUUCCAGAGCCAUUUUUGCAGGUUAUAAUGAAGUUAUAGUUGUUUUGGAUUUAACCCAAAUACCCUCUAGGUGAUUCCUUGAAAGCAAUAUAUGAGGCCUGUAAGAAAGUGACCGUCUAAUUGUAUCGUCACUUUCUUUUUAUUUUUGUAUUACAUUAGAAUGCAUUGUCAUAAGUAUUUUUGGUAGAAUAAAUUCUCCUUUGCUACAAGUAAUUUUCUUAUCCCCCUUUCCCCCACCAAGAUUCAUAACGCUUCCUUUCCCUCCUUUUAGUCUAACUUGGUAAAUAAAAUUCUGCUCACAAUCUCUCUUC